AUGAAUUCAUUUAUGAUAUCAUCAAUUAUGAAUUUAAAUAAAUCAUCAUAUUCUGAUACAAUUGAAACUUAUAAUAUCAAUAAUAAUCAAUAUUAUAAAAUAUUGAAUUUAUCGAAUUCUAUAUUAAAUAAUAAUAAUAAUAAUAAUAAUCAAGAAUUUAAUAAUGAUAAUACAUUAUUAAAUUUUAAUUAUUUUAAUAAUAAUAAAUCAAUAUUAACAAAUGUAUCAAAUAAAAAUUUAAAUCAAAAUAUUGAUUUAUUGAAUCAAAUAAAUGAUAAUAAUGAAUUUAUGAUAAAUUAUCAAAAUUAUUUAAAUUUAUUUAUAAAUCAAUUAUAUUCAAAUAAUACAUUAAUCAAUAAAUCAAUAAUUGAUGAUUAUCAUGAUCAUCAUAAUCAUCAUCAUUUAUUAUGUAAUAAAAAUAUUAAUUCAUUAAAAGAAUUAAAUCAUAACAAAAUGAAUAACAAUAAUGAAUAUUUAAAUAAAGAUAUAAAUACACUUCAAUCAACUUCUAAACUCUCAAAUCUUAUGAAUUCAUCUACUGAUAGAUUAUUAAAUAAUCAUAAUUAUCAAAAUCAUCAUCCUAAUAAUAAUAUUGAAUAUUUAAAUGAUAAAGAAAAUUGUUUAAAUGAAUCCCUUGAAUAUGAACAUCAAAUAAAAUUAAAUAAACAAAAUCAAAAUUCAUUUAGAAAUCGUACAUCAUUUACAGAUUAUCAAUUAAUUUGUUUAGAACGUGAAUUUUCUCAUAUACAAUAUUUAUCACGUAUUGAUCGAAUACAUUUAGCGCAAAAUUUAAAUUUAACUGAAAAACAAGUUAAAAUAUGGUUUCAAAAUCGUCGAGUACGUUGGAGAAAAAGAAAUUUAUUUUAAUUUUUAAAAAAAAGGAUGAAAUAGAAAAGAAGAAAUAAAAAAAGAAAAAAAAACCCGACAACUUUUUGUUUUUCUCUUCUCUCUCUUCUCUCUUUUUUUUUUUUAAAAAAAAAAUAAUUUUCUAUUUUUCAAAUUGUUAAUAAUGAUAAUCAAGAAUAUUGAAUGUAUCAAAGAAUAUUGAUUAUUGUUUAUUUUUGUAAUAAAAUUUGAUGUGCUACUUUUUUCUAGGAAUAAAUUUUGAAGAAAUUAGUUGAAUAUUCAGAUCGUUUUUCUCCUAAGAAACAAAAAUGUAGAGAAGUAAUUCAGUGGAGCUUACUUCAAACUUGUAUUCAUAUACUUGUUAUGAUAUUUGAUUCAGUCAAUAUUAGACAAUUCUGAAAAAUUUAAACGAAGCAUUUAUAUAAAACUGAGAUAAUUAAGAAUCGUUUGUUCGGAUAUUUAUUAUAUUGGAGUGAUCUAGGAAAUAUAUAUUUAUAUGGUCAAGAACCUUAGGUAAAUGAAUAACUUGUCAAUCUAAAACAACUUGGCCAUUCUUGUAUUUUAUAGUUUUAUGUGACAUUAAGAUAGUGUGUGAUCUAUCUGGAAUCAUCUGGCUUAUUAUCUCUUGAUUGAUAAUAUUGAUAAAAUGCAUUAAUAAGUUACUUAAAAUGCUUUGGAUUUUUGAGUAAAAGUUGAUAGAUACACAAAAUCUUUACUUGUUGUGUUAUUUACAUUAAUAUCAGUUCAUU